GGUGGAUGCCAGGGACAGCAUGAAGAGAGAAUAGAGCAGAGCAGAGCGCAAAGCAGACGCAUAUGGCAGUUGUACUCUCCAGACCUUUCCAGCAGAGAACAUAUUGAUCCUAGGCAGUUUUUUUUUAACUAGCUGCUUGCAGUGGCACGACCUUUUCGGCUUUUUUGCGAGUUUUUUACAGUCCAGCGGAUACGGGCGAGCGAGAGUGCGAGAGAGGAGGAAGCCUGGUGGAUUGAAAUUGAAAUUGAGCAUGAUGGAGGAUGCCAUUUGUUGCUGGGAAUUUCAGCGUGCUUCAGAUGGUUCACAAAGGCAAAAGCUCGAGGAGUUGUAGCUGUAAAGGAAGAGGGAAGGCAGAACGGUCGAUUCUUCGAGGUGGAGCAGGAGGAGCAGGAACAGGAGCAGGAGGAGGAGGCAGGAAGGGAGGCAUGGAUUAUCAGAAGGACUUUUGGGAAGAGUUUGAUAUCAUCGCCACCGCUUCGUUCAUAGUUCGCAAUGGAUUCCAGCGCGUCGCGCUUCAGUUUCCAGACGAGCUCCUCAAACACAGUGUGGCGGUGGCUGUCGCCCUGAAGAAAGAGCUUGGCAAGCAGCGUAACUCAAGAUUUUCGGAAGAACCAGAAAAUGCCGCCGUUAGGCUCUUCGUGAUGGCAGAUACCACGUUCGGGAGCUGUUGUGCUGACGAAGUUGCUGCCAUGCAUGCCGAUGCUCAGUGUAUCGUACACUACGGCAACGCUUGCCUGAGUCUGACAUCCAGGCUUCCUGUGUGGUUCGUCUUUGGGAGGGCAGCCUUGGAUGUAGAGGACUGCACGAGCCAAAUUGUGGACUAUGCAUCCGCUGUCUCGAAGCCUUUACUGGUCAUGUUUGGGCUUGAAUACUCGCACGAAGUUACCAGCAUCAAACAGCGCCUGAGCACUAUUCAAGAGAGACAGUUGAAUGUGACUUUUGCAGAUGUUCCUUCCCAGCACAUGAAGCCUUCUUCGAGCAUCGAGAAACGCAAGAAAGGGGGCCGACGUGCAGAAGACGAGGAUAAGUCUGAUGAAAUAGGGAUGGUUGAUGACCAGAGUGUGGAUAAGAAGUCGAGUACUUGCAGCGCUGUUGAUAGCAACUUGAGAGAGACUUCUCUUUGUACAGAAGCUGAGCUUUUAGCUUCUGGAGGCCAAGGAAUCAAUAGUGAGCGCACUACGUCUGAUUUUGAGGCUUCACAUUACUCCUUAGGAGGACUCAAGUGGACUUUGCCCAAAGACACGACUAUGGGCGACUACGACAUACUCUGGAUUGGGGGUGACUGUCCAGGACUAACAAAUGCUGCCCUGGUGUUUAAUACCUCUCCUGUUGUCAGAUACGAUUGUUUCGAGCAGAAACUGGUGAGAGAUGUGGCAAAUCAGUCCAGAGUCCUGAAGCGAAGAUAUUAUCUCGUAGAGCGGGCAAAGGAUGCGAAUGUCGUGGGCAUAGUUGUUGGUACCCUCGGCGUUGCUGGAUAUGCAGACGCUAUUCAAAAUAUGAGAAGAAUCAUAGAAUCUUCUGGGAAGAAAGCCUACACGUUGGUGAUGGGUAAACCCAACCCGGCCAAGCUAGCUAAUUUCCCUGAGUGUGACGUGUUCGUGUUAGUGGCAUGCCCACAAACAGCGCUGAUUGAUAGUAAAGAUUAUCUCGCGCCACUCUUAACACCCUUCGAAGCCGAACUAGCAUUCGUCGAAGGUAAGCAGUGGACAGGGGCAUACCGCCUAGACUUUGACCACGACCCGGGAUAUCAAGGUACUUCAGAUAAUGCUCCUCAACCAAGGAGUGAUGAAGCUCGAUAUUCCUUUUUCGCGGGUGGCUAUGUCGGCCGGGGCUCUUCCGAGACUAAAGAUGUGGAAGAUGCCACCUCCCGAGCAAUUGUCCUCUCGAAGUCUGCUGAGCAUGCCCUCCAAUUGCAGUCGAAUCCUUCUUCAUCAUUAAUCACCACAGAAAGAUCAAGGCUGGACAUCAAGUCUGGUGCCGAGUACUUGGCUUCGAGGUCCUACCAGGGUCUAGAUGUCAACGAUGGAGGUGAUCAAGCUUUGAACAAAGAUUUGUCAGCAGUGCCAGGCCGGAAAGGUCGUGCUGCUUGCUACUCAGAUGAAGCCACAAACUGAUCAGAGAUAGAGCUAGCUUCACUUCUCUGGCCUGUCAACAGAAGCAUAAGAUUCCUCAAAAUAUACGCAAAGCUAGAUCACCUAGCAACCAUUUGUACGCUUUGUAUCACUCAGAAAAACAUUUUGCAAGAAACCGAAUCUCAUUUUAGCCUCCCUCCAGCAAGAGCUUAUUUUCUUUGCAGUUGUGGAAAAUCUUGUCCA